AUGAAAGGAGUUCAGAAGCCUCCUCCUUUUCUUCUUCUCCUCCAUAUUUCCUUGCUUUUCUUGCUUCCAUUGAACGCCGCCUCAUCACCGAGAACACAGGCGGCAGCUCUCGUAAGCUGGAAGAACGACUUCGCUUCUUCACCACCUUCUUUCAAUUCUUGGUCCCUCACAAACCUCAACAACCUUUGCAAUUGGACUGCCAUUGUCUGUGACCACAACACCAAAACAAUUUCCCAAGUUGACCUCUCCAACUUCAACAUCACUGCAACACUAACCCAUUUCCACUUCACCCCAUUUCUCAAUCUCACCCAAUUCAACCUCAAUGGCAACAAUUUCACAGGGCCUAUACCAUCUGCCAUUGACAACCUCUCCAAGCUCACAACUUUGGACUUGGGCAACAACUUAUUCAAUCAAGAAAUACCUGCGCAGUUAGGCAUGUUGACUGAGCUUCAGUAUUUUAGUUUCUUCAACAACAAUCUCACUGGUGUAAUUCCCUAUCAGCUGAGCAGUCUCCAAAAGGUAAAGUUUUUUAUUCUUGGAGCAAACUACUUAGAAACUCCUGACUGGUCUGAAUUUUCAGGCAUGCCUUCGUUGACUUACCUUGAUCUUUCUGGCAACCAUUUCUCUUUAGAAUUCCCAAAAUUUAUAUCUGAAUGCCGAAACUUGACGUUCCUUGACUUGUCUGGAAAUUUCUUGACUGGCCAAAUACCAGAACAUGUAUUUAUCAAUCUGGGCAAACUUGAAUAUCUCAAUCUCACCAUUAACCAAUUCCAAGGACCACUGCCAUCAAACUUUCCCAAGCUUAAACACCUUCAUUUAGCACGAAACAACUUCGGUGGUGCUAUUCCUGAAGAUAUUGGCAAAUUGACUCGGCUUGAGGUUCUUGAUUUGUCAAAUAACAAUUUGACAGGAGAAAUACCACCUGAGCUUGGCACAUUUGACAAAUUCACAGGCGUGGCUUCCUUAGCUUAUUUUUACCACUUGGAUCUCAGCAGCAAUUCACUCUCGGGAGCAAUACCUUCAAGCUUGGGAAAGCUCACAAGCUUAAAGGUUUUCAAUGUCUCACACAACCAUAUAUCAGGCGAAAUUCCAUCAGCAUUUUUCAAAAUUCUUAGUGUGGGAGCAAUUUUUUACCCACAAGAAUAUUCGUCUAAGAUUCCGUCUUCCUCUUCGCUUCUCUUUCUCCUUGCAAAACAAUACGGAGUAAAAAACCACACUCGGGGGUGUUAG